GAGGUCGGUAGUUGUAGAACUUAACCAAUAACGAUGUCAGCUAGAGCGUUGAGGAAAGUGCUCAAAGAACAAGAAUCAGCAAAAAAUCAGAACAGCAUAUUGUCAGCCGAUGAUGAAUCGGAAUCGCCCUCCGAUUCACCCCGACCUUCUUCUAUUAAUCCUUUUGCUCUUCUCAAUGAGCAGGAGCAGGAGAAUGACUCCAGUGAUGCCGAUACAUCCUCUAUAGUAAAAGGUGAAGACAAUAUACCCUCCAGUAAGAAAGAUACUGCUACCAAAGUCACACCGUCCAGUCAAAAAUCAAAGAAAAAGAAGAAGAAAAAGAAAAGUAAGGAGUUAUCUUCAAGUACAGGUGAUAUGAACUCCUUAGAUGUCAUAUUAGAAGAUUUGUCUUUUGGAGUUAACUCGUCUGGUGGUCAAGGCCAGUCUUCAAAAAAGAAAUCAGAAAAUGUGAAUGGUGGUGGUGAUAGACCUGGGAGAGGUUGCACAACUCACAUAUUGCAAGUGGAUCCAAGAUUUCUUAGUGCAGAAAAUGAGCUGCGGAGAAUAUUUGGUUCAAAAGUAGUUAGUUCAUUUGAAAGAAGUAAUCAACCAGGAAGUUCGAGACAGAAUCGCCCAGUGAGACGUGGCAGCCACACCCAUAGAAAGACGAUUCUUGUUUCUCCUUUGGACCAUUGGCCUCGGUGGGAUGGGUCUCUAUCCAUGGAGCUUCUUGAACAUGGAGAUGGGUGCAACUAUUUCAGGUAUGUACAUUCAUCUACCUACAUCCUGGCUCAAAGACAAUUUGAAGCUGCCAAAGCAACACAUGAUCUCAACGGCAUAGCAAACAUUCUGUUGCACCAUCCUUAUCAUAUAGAUUCACUCAUAACUCUAGCAGAAUACUUCAAAUUUUCUGGUGAACUACAGAUGUCAGCAGAUGCUACUGCAAAAUCACUUUACGCCUUGGAAUGUGCAUGGCAUCCAUUGUUUAAUCCUUUACAGCAUAGCUGUCGACUGAAAUAUGAACACGAUACAAACAAGCAGAUAUUCACUACACUAUUUGCUCACAUGAAAAAUAUGGAUAGACGUGGGUGCCAUCGCUCUGCACUUGAAAUAUGCAAACUACUGAUCUCGCUAGAUUCAGAUGAUCCGAUGGGUGCUUUGUUCUGCAUUGACUAUUUCUCCUUAAGAGCAGAGGAGUACAAAUGGUUAGAGCGGUUUUCUGAAGAAUAUAAUAGCGAUAAUUCAUUGUGGUUAUACCCCAACUUUUCAUAUUCGCUUGCAAUUUGUUGGUUUUAUCUUGAACGUGAAGAAGGCUUGAAAGAAACAGAGUCGAAGAAUGAAAACAAAGCCACUUCAAGUGAUCUCAUGAAACAGGCGUUAAUGCUUCACCCUUCGGUUGUAAGGAAGUUGGUGGCUAAAGUUCCUUUAAAAGAGCAGGUAUGGACAAAGAUAAUCAACCAUAAUUUCUUUGGAGCGGAUCAAACAGGGAGUGCGUCAUUGGAUCACCUGAUUAAUAUAUAUGUUGAAAGAAGUUAUAUCAUAUGGAGACUUCCUGAGCUGCAUAACUUUCUCAAGGAUACAGCAUUAUCAGUCAUCGAAAAGAUGGAAACUAAUCGAAGUGAAGCUAGGGAUUGGGCAUGUGUGAGAAAAGAAGCGUUUGCAUCCGACAAGAACGAGUAUUCACACUUGAUGGUAUCUGAUUUCUCGGAUUCAACUCCGACUAUCCCUCCAGAGAAUUUGCAAAAUUUUAUGAUUGAUCCAAGGUUGGCAGAAAUGCAUAAUGUUGCCGAGAACCAAGAAAAUAUUCCAGAUGUUGCACGUGCUCCACGUGAAGUUGCUAACCGAAAUGCAUUGGCGGUUUUGUUUGAAUCUAUGCUACCAUGGAUUGAUUAUGGAACGAGAGAAGGCGAGGGCCAAGACCAGGAAAACGGCAUGGCACAAGAUCACGAAGAUUAAACCUCGUCUCUUUUCAAGUGUUAUCUGAUGCUUUUUCAAGUGUUAUCUGAUGCUUUUGACGACCUUAUUCCCUUUUACCAAGCAAUUUUACAGUAUGUUUUGGGUACAUAUAUACCCAAGAAGAAUCAGAUUUUUAUGAGAUAUGACCAGCACUUUCACCUAUACCUGCCUUGCAAAAUAUUGAGGAUGAGUUGGUUGGUAAUUGACAAGUUUGUUGGUGGUUAUUUACUUUCAAAUGUUAUAUUUCUAAGUUGUAAUGCAAGUUGUGUCUGAAAUAAUUACCUUUUUUUAUUGAAAA